AGGUUCACCUCUGCUGACUCAAAAAUGCAAGCAAGUCAGGAGCAAAUUGCGGAAAUGCUGAUGCAAAUGCAUCAGCAAUGUCAAUUUUUCGAACAAAGAGUGAAAUAUGAUCCCUCGUCUGCAGAAUCUUUCGCGUCCUGGGGUUCAACUCUGAUGCACUUGGCCAUGGUUUGCGAAGAACAGGAAGCGAAGAAGGAUUACUUGAAGCAAAGUAUUGAGAAGCUUGAGAAAGCAUACUCCAUGGAUGAUAGAUGCAGAACCCAGGAUGGAGAGCUUGCUUGCUUCUGUCUUGGAAAUGCUCUCUACUUCAAUUUCUUUCUUGAGCGCGAUGACUCAAAGGCCGAAAGUCACUUGAAGUGUGCGAAGGAGAAGUUUCAGAUUUGCGUUCAAAGAGAACCAACGAACAUUUCCUACAAGCAGAUGAUUGACCAGCUUGAAAGUGCACACGAGCAAAGAAGGGCAGCACACGAGCAUCUCGCCCGUUUGGAAGGCAAAUCAGAAGACGAGCGGAAAGUUGAAAUAAGGAACAUGCAGAAGCAGAUGCUUGAGUCUGUGGUGGAGAACAACAAGAGGGCAGUCGAAGUUGAGCCUCAGAAUGCGGUGAACCUCGCUGAGCUGGCCAAGAGCAUGUUCGAGCUGGCCAUGCUCUAUCAGAGGGCUGAUGCUAUCAAGCUGCUGCGUGAGGCUCUCUCGGCUAUUCAAAAGAGCAUCGACUUGGCCAACGACAGCUCGUCGGUGUGGGUCAGAGCUGUUCUGAAGCAAGCCUUGAGCAUCGUCGUUUCGAAUACAGAAGAAUCUUCCAAGUUUUCUUCUGAGUCCAAGCAUGAUUUUGAUAGAGUUUUGGUCAUGGAAAGGGACCUGGACAAGAGAAAUGCGUUGAAGAAGGAAAGGGAGUUGUUGGAUGCAACAAUACAAUCUUGGUUCGAGUGGAUUCAAGAAUGCGAAGGGAGUGCAGGAAUAGCUCAGAAGAAGAAUGUUGGUUCGGGGGUUUCUAAGAGUGCCGUGCAAGCGGCUUCGAGCAGCGAAGCACACACCGACGAUGCUUCUGGAUACAUGGUGCUGGUUGCUGGGGCUCUACUUGUUGCAGGAGCUGUCUGGUGGUUCAGCAGAAAGCGGAGUUCAUAGAGAUCUGCGGAAGUAUGUGGUGACUGAGUGCUGUUUAUCCUUCCGCACUCACACCAGACAGUCUCGAACUUUUGGCUUGGAAGGAUUUUCUUUAUGUCAGUUCGGUGCAAGAAAGAAAGAGAGAGUCGUGUGGUAUCUGUGAAGCAUCAAGUAAUCAUGCUGCUUGCUCACUCUCAUUUCCUGCCAGCGUGCACUUAUUAAUGAAACCACUCUAGAUU